AUGCUUCCCAAACCAAACUUCGGCUCAAAUCAUAGCAACACGAGUGGUGUCAACACUACCGCCGAUGGCGGACACCAAUCGCGUGCGUGGUUUCAAUACAAUCCAAACCAAUCGCUUGUUCACAGCCAACACUUCCCGCAAAUUAGACCACAAUUUCAACCCAAUUAUCACCAAAACUCUUCGUAUGGCAAUUAUCAGCACUCGUAUCACUCAUUCAACACUCAAAACACAUUCAAUCAUAACUAUAAUGGAUAUUAUAAUCAAAGUUAUGGUCAAAACAACAGCCAUAACAGCGGACCAAAUGGUCACCAAAACAAGAGAUUUAAAAGUAAUGUGAAUAACGAUAACAACAAUAACAGCCAUAAGAAGACAUCACUAAAUUGUGACACAUGCUGUCGAUGGUUCACAUCCCAAGAACUUUACGAUCAACACAUUGCUGAACAUAUUAUGUGUGGUUUAGAUGAGUGCACUUUCAGAGCACAUCCCAAAGUGAUUGAAUCGCAUCAACGGAUGCAACACUUCUGCUUCAAAGACAAGACAUUAGUGAAGAGGUUUAUGUCAUUGGAAUCGGAAGAAGACAUUAAGAAGUGGAAAGAAGAGCGGAGAAGACAUUUCCCCACAAAAGAUAACAUUCAGAAGAAGGCAGACAUGAAAGAGAAGGAGAGACUCGAAGCCAUUGAGAAGAGGAAUCAAUUGAUGGAAAUGAAGGAAAAGGAGAGACAAAUGAGAGAUAAUGAAAGACAAUUGAAUGAAAAGGAGACACAAAAUGACGCGAAAACGGGUGAAACGAAGAGUGAAUUAAUUGAUGAGAAGAAUAAACGUUUUGACAGAAACUCAAAAAACAACAGAAAUAAUAGGAAUAAGAAGCAAAUGAAAGGCAAUAACCGAUGGAAACCAGUGGACAAUAAUAACAAUAAUCGCAAACUAACUCUCUUUCAAAAAUUAAUGUUACACGACAUCCAAAACAAUGAAGACAUCGAUGAGAAGAAAUCGGAAUCAAUUGAACCGUAGAUUUGUUUUUUAGAUAAUUAUUUAGAUUUAUAAAUGAUAUGAAAAUAUUUUGUGGCGAAUGUAUGAACUAAUUAUUGAAUUAUAUUAAACUGAAAUCAUUUUCCAUUUGGCUA